UCCACGUUCUCUCUUUUUUCACACACAACAUAAAAUCUGUUUCUCAUUGCUGAAUCAAACUUUUUCUUUUCAUUUUUUUUCUCUUAUCUUGGUCUUGGUCUUGUCAUGAUAUUUAUAUCUUCUCCUCCCUCUCUAGACAUUUAGAGAGAGUAGAUAGGGAUACACACACCCACACACACAAGGUUUGCAUGUUUUCUAUUCUCAUUUUUUUUAUCCCAACAUUAACUAUAAGGGGGAGGGAUAACAAGAAUAGAAAAAAGGAACAACCAACAUGUUGCAGAGAGCUGCAAGCAAUGCAUAUUCAUGGUGGUGGGCUAGCCACAUCAGAACAAAGCAAUCAAAAUGGAUGGAACAAAACCUCCAAGAUAUGGAGGAAAAGGUGCACGCUGUUUUGAAGCUCCUAGAGGAAGAGGGGGAUUCCUUUGCCAAGAGAGCAGAAAUGUAUUAUAAAAGGAGACCAGAGCUGAUAAACUUUGUGGAAGAAUCAUUCAGGGCAUACCGUUCUUUAGCGGAUAGGUAUGAUCACAUAUCAACUGAGUUGCAAAAUGCAAACAACACUAUCGCUUCUGUGUGCCCGGAUCAAGUCCCAUAUAUGGAUGAUGAUGAUGAGGAUUCGCCUAGACCGAAAACCCCGAGAAAAAUGCCAGAAGGGCACAAGCCAAAUAUUCCUAAUGUUCCAAAGGUUCCAAAGCCUCCACUUAGAGAUUUAAAAAGUGUCAUAACAACAGCCACAAAGAAACUCAAUCCCAAGAAGGUAGUAGCAUCUGCAGCUGUGGCUCCUAAAGUUCAAAAAUCUGGAUUGAGCAGAAAGGAGGCGCUUGCAGAGGUUGACAAGCUGCAGAAAGAGAUUCUGGCAUUGCAAACAGUGAAAGAGUUUGUGAAGAGUUCUUAUGAUAAUGCCAUUGCCAGGUACUGGGAUACUGAUCAGCAGAUCCAGGGAUUACAAGAGAAAGUGUCCAAUUUGCAAGAUGAACUUGGAGAAGGUGUUGCUAUUGAUGACGAGGAAGCACGGUGUUUGAUGGCAGCAGCAGCUCUUAAGUCAUGCCAAGAGACAUUGUCACAGUUGGAACUGAAACAGGCUAUAUCACUUGAUGAGACGAAAAUUGAGACCAAAAGGGUAAAGGAAGCGAGGGAAAAGUUAAGUUCUCUCAUGAAUGAGUUCAAUUAUGAUCAAACCAAUUCCAAAGAGCCAAGGGCAAAAGGAGGUGUAAAAGAAAUAGCUGGAACAAAGGACUUGGAUGUAGAUGUGGACAAAAUGAAUCAGCAGAGACAGGAGUUGCAGCAAUUGCAGGAGAAAAUAAAAGAACACUUUGAGGCUGGAUCCUAUUCAACUCUAACAGUGAAAGAUAUGGCAGAAAAGAUUGAUUCACUUGUGAACAAAGUUAUCAACUUAGAAAGUGCAGUUUCUUCCCAGACAGCUCUUGUAAAGAGAUUAAAAGUAGAAACUGAUGAACUUCAUACCGUGGUUCGAACUCUAGAAGGUGAUAAGGAAGGCUUGAUCAGUGAUAAAGCUAAAUUGAACGAGCAACUGAGAGAAAUGGAUGAUAAGCUGCGUGAGGUACAGGAUCUAAACCAAGUUGUUGAAGAUCAGAAUACCAACCUCCAAACCCAUUUCACUGAAGCACAUUGUAAUCUAGAUCAUCUGUCGGAGAAAGUCCAAAAGGUGAAGCCAGAUCUGGUUGCGGAAAUAUCACUAACACAAAGGAAGUCAUCAAGGGAAGCUGAAUCUGAACAUUUUCCUAAAGGACUAGAUGCAUUGAAUCAAGACAGUGUGCUAUUGAAUGAGGGGCAUAAGGUCAAUGCAACAAUAGAAGAUACUGUGAAUUCAGACAAGGAGCUUAUGGUUGCAGAAGUGGCAAAGGACGGUGUAAUUCCAGAAAACAAGCCUAAUAAUGUCACAGGUUCACCAGAAAUGAAUGAGGAAACCCCAGUGGAAAACAAAUCUCCAAUAGAGUUGAAAGAAAGAGAGAAGUCCCCGGAUUCUAACUACAGUGAUGUUACAGAAUCAACAGAUGCUUUGAAAACUAGUAGCGGAAAUAGAAUGACAAAAGAAGAUGAGUCUGAUUGGCAGCAAUUGUUGAAUGGAAUGCAGGAUAGGGAAAAGGCUUUGCUGUCAGAGUAUACUAAUGCUCUUCAAAAUUAUGAUGAUAUGAAGAUCAGACUAGCUGAAAUAGAGAAGAAAAAUCAAGAUGCCCUCUUUGAGUCAUCUUUGCAGUUGAAAGAACUGAAGACUGCUAAUGCCUUGAAAGAUGAAGAAAUUAGACUCCUACGUCAGAAACUAGGUGUCCUGCAGAAAAGCUUGGAGGGAAUGGAGGAUUUGGGAGAGUUAACUUCAGUGCAGCCAGCACCACCGGAGCAACAUGACAUUGAAGAAUUUUUAAAAGUUGAAGAACCUGAAUCUACAACAUCAGCCAUUGAAGAGAAGUUCCGGAUGAGCAUUGAUGAACUUCUAGAGGAGAACCUAGACUUCUGGAUGAAAUUCAGUACUUCUUUUACUGGGAUACACAAAUUUGAAACCACUAUAAAAGAUUUGCUGAUUGAGGUAUCAAGAAUUGAGGAAAAAUGUAAAUCAUCAGAAGGCAGUAGUAGCGUGAAAUAUUCAUUGAAAUCAGACGCAAGACCACUUUAUAAACACCUUGCGGAGAUUCUAAAUGAACUAACAAUGUGGUUGGAAAACAGUGCAUUGUUGAAGGAAGAACUUCAAUGUAGAUUCUCUUCCUUGUGUGAAAUCCAAGAAGAGAUAACUACGGCACUGAAAGCCAGUGCUGAAGAUGAUGACUUCAAGUUCACCAGCUAUCAAGCAGCCAAGUUCCAAGGCGAGGUUUUGAACAUGAAACAAGAGAACAACAGAGUUGCUGAUGAACUUCAAGCAGGUCUAGAUCUAGUAACAUCUCUCCAACUUGAUGGUGAGAAGGCUCUUGCGAAGAUGAAUGAGCGAUUUGGGCUCUCAAAUUCUAACAAAAGCCAGAGAUCUUCAGAUUCCCAGAACUCAGUUCCUCUCAGGUCAUUCAUCUUUGGUGUCAAACCAAAGAAACAAAAACAAUCAAUCUUCUCCUGCAUGACCCCUGGAAUGCAUAGGAAAUACCGUGGUCAUAGAGGAUAAAGACGUCUGUAAAAUGUUUGUACCACAUUUUUAUCUCUACAAAAUUCAUAUAUUGGUUUCAUUAGAUAGUUUAUUGAGAUUUGAGUGUGCCUUUUUACUUAAAGGGAAGCAAUUCAUUUUCUGCUUGUCUAUAAAUAGUCAGAAAGUAUACCAAAUGUAGGCUCCAGUUUGCCCUUUGUAUUUUUGAGCCCUUUUCAUCAUAUAUAUAUAUCAAUGCUCCUUGUUCUGUGUUAGAAAUUUUGUCUUCUAAGUACCAAAUUUCCUA